UUUGAGCAGGAAUUUGACCAUGGAAGCGAAUUCCGAUGAUUUGAUUAGCGGCCUACCAGAUGACAUCCUUCUUCGCAUCAUCUCUUCAAUCCCUUUUGAGUCUGCAAUACAAACCAUUUUCCUCUCGAGAAGAUGGAGACUUCUAUGGAAUAGUACAACUUUAGUUCAAUAUGGCAGUAGACACGAUAUUGCUGCUGCAAUUUCUAGCUUUGUUCGCAACUUCAAUGAGCAUGUCCAACCGUGCAAUAAUCGGAAACUUCGGUUCCAUUUUGGAACUGACAGUGUGGUCUCGGUUAUCAUUAUUUCCAACGACAAACUUUAUAUCGAUUUUUCGUCUGAUAGACAAGAAUUUCCUGCUCAGUUUGGCUUGAAAUUAGACUUCAAUCACCAGAAUCCUACUGACCUUAAUACCUUUUAUGUCAAAACUCUUCAGCUGGUAUCAGUGAAUCAUCUCACUUGUGAAGCUGUUUCUUCUGUGGUUUCAAUGUUUCAGUUUCUUGAAGACUUGAAAAUCAGUGACUGCAGGGGAUUACAGUCAUUGUAUGUAGGCUCGGACACGAAGCUUCGAAGCUUAACCAUCUUUGAUUGUCAUCAAUUGACUUCUGUCCAUAUUAGGUCCUUUAAGCUUCAAACUUUUCGUUACCGAGGACUACUCCCUUGGCUUCGCCCCGAAUAUCAUUUCAAUCUGGCAGAGGCAAUGCUCGACGCCAGAAAAGGUCCCGGCUGCAACAGGUUCAAGAGUUGUGACUUUGAUUCAGUCUUACUAACCAUAAAAAAUGUCAGAUUGCUUGCAUUAUGUGAAUGGAUGUUUGAGGAAUUGAUACACCCCGCGCUAUGUUCUAUGCGCGCCGAGUUCCAAUUCUACAAUUUGAAAGAGUUGUGGUGGAUUGGUAGCCCAAAGGAACAAUGCAGCAUUGAUGCCUUAGUAUCCUUCCUGAAACUGUGCCCCACUCUUGAAAAACUUUAUUUUACUAUUGAUCCUGAAAGCUACAGGGUGGCGAGCGCUGCUGCUACGUACUCGGACAGACCUGGUAGGGGUAGACAAUUGGACAAUCUGAAGCUGAUUACAGUGGAGGGAUUUGAAAAUGAAGAUGAAGAAAUCAUAAUAAUAGAACAUUUAUUGAGGGAAUUUGUGAAGGUGGAGCCACUGAUUUUAGUAGCAUCAGAUGGUAAGCGACUGCGUCGACUGAUCAAGGUUAGCGAGCCAACGCUGCAGUGCAAAGAGAACAGUCGAAUGGUCUUGCCCCUAAAGGGAAAGGCAAAGAAAUGCUUCUACAAGUUUGUUGAAGAAGAAACAUAGGAGUUUUUUUUUACUAGAUAUAACCAAGAAUAAAAAAAAUGGUGCAAAGUAUGUUUUAUGUGCACAUUCUAUUAGGACUUUUAUACUAAAUAAUAAUUGAUGGCUUGUUGUAUGAAUCAA